CGACACAGUGAGUUAGCGUUUGACCGUUUGCCGUUUUUUCUCUCUCAACAAUGGAGCGAAAAGUUGCUCGGGAAUUUAGGCACAAGGUGGAGUUGCUGAUUGAAAAUGAAGCAGAGAAGGAUUACCUGUAUGAUGUCCUCCGCAUGUAUCACCAGUCGAUGGAUUUGCCAGUGCUGGUGGGGGAUCUGAAGCUGGUAAUCAAUGAACCAAAGCGCUUGCCCCUGUUUGACGCCAUCCGACCUCUCAUCCCCCUCAAACACCAGGUGGAGUACGACCUGCUCACCCCCAAGAGGUCACGGAAGCUCAAAGAGGUGCGUUUGGAUCGGACACAUCGUGAUGGACUGGGUCUGAGUGUCCGAGGAGGUCUGGAGUUUGGCUGUGGGCUCUACAUAUCACAGAUUGUCAAAGACGGUCAGGCUGGUAAUGUCGGCCUUCAGGUUGGUGAUGAGAUUGUGCGUAUCAACGGAUACUCCAUCUCCUCAUGCAUCCACGAGGAAGUCAUCAGUCUCAUCAAGACGAAGAAGAUUGUGUCACUCAAAGUCAGGCAUGUGGGGAUGAUCCCAGUGAAAAGCUCAUCAGAUGAGCCCCUGAAGUGGCAGUUUGUUGACCAGUUUGUGUCUGAGUCGGGGGAGAAAAAAAACAGCAUUGCAGGCUUAGCAUCGAUCGGAGGGAAGGAGAUCAAGGAGAAGAAAGUUUUCCUCAGUCUUGUGGGAACGAAGGGUAUGGGCAUCAGCAUAUCCAGUGGUCCCACCCAGAAACCUGGCAUCUACAUCAGUAAUGUCAAGCCAGGCUCCCUGUCUGCAGAAGUUGGACUUCAGAUUGGAGACCAGAUCGUGGAGGUGAACGGGGUGGAUUUCACCAAUGUGGACCACAAAGAGGCUGUGAAAGUCCUGAAGAGCAGCAGGAGUCUGACUAUUACUGUUCUGACAGGAGCUGGCAGUGAGUUGUUUAUGACAGACGAGGAGCGUCUGGCAGUGGAGGCCCGCAGGGAGCUGGAGAGACAAGAGCUGAUGCAUCAGAAAAGGGUGGCACUGGAGACCAACAAAAUCAUUAAAGAGCAGCAGGAGAAGGAGAGGCAGCGAAAGAUGGAGAUUUCUCAGAAAACUGCAGAUGAAGAGGAGCGCUAUAAAAAGGAGAUGGAGAAGAUUGAUGCUGUGGAGAAGAAGCAGGACAGAGAAUGGGAGGAGGAUUGGGGCACCAAAGACAGGCCCAAGAGCCCUAAGAGCCCCCGCACUCCAAAGAGCAAAUCGCCUGCCCCACCUGAUAUAAAAACGACCCCGACUCCAAAGGCCAAGAGCUCUCCUGCUGAAGCCUGCUCCUUCACAGCGGAAGACGAGGAGGAAGAGGAGGACAGACAAGGAUUUCAGAAAUACGAGGAAGAUUUUGAUCCCUACUCAAUGUUCUCCUCAGACCAGAUAGCCGGGCGAGAUGUGAGACUGCUGAGAAUCAAAAAGGCUGGGCAGCUCGACCUUGCUCUGGAGGGGGGAGCAGACUCUCCUUUGGGAAAGUUGGUGAUAUCUUCUGUGUAUGAGGGUGGUGCUGCGGAUAAGCACGGUGGCAUUGUACCAGGGGAUGAACUUAUGGCUGUGAAUGGGAAGAUCCUGAUUGAUGCCACAUUGACUGAGGGACAAAACUCUCUGGCUCGAGCCUGGAAUAGUGGAGGGGACUGGAUCGAUGUUGUGGUUGCUGUUUCCCCUCCGAAAGACUAUGAAGAUGAAGUGACGUUCUUCUAGUCUCAUUAACAGCCUGUCAAGAAAACCACACUGAUCGAGAAGACGGUUUCUUGGCAAUUCCUUCAGGAUUUGCCGUCAUCUCAUUCACAAUAAAAUAAAAUAGUUUCCUCUUUAUCUUGAUUCCCAUCUGUACACCAAGUCUUAAGGUGGUCUUUUUGUUUUUACCUAGCUCUUUGAGAAUCAGUCUUAUGUCAUAUAUCAGCAUAGUGACACCUUGCAGUUGAUGUUCAUUAUCAUCGUCCAUAACUCCUGUCAAUAUUUAGUCAUCUCCAGUAAUCCUCUUCACCUAUGUCAAGCCUGGACAUGGCUGACCUCAUUCAGAUAGACAUGACCAAGCUGAUACUUCCUUCAGACACGUGACUUAUCUGUCAGUAUAACAAUAAAGAGCUAGUUAAAACAGGCAAACUAAUCAAUAACACCUCUCUAAUCUGCCUUACAAAGCCCAA